AUGUUAACCGACGACCAGAGUGGCCAGUUGAUCGCUACAGUCAAGGUGAAAAAAUCGGAAAAAUCGGAAGUUAACGUUGAUUGUGGCGCCUCAUCUGGCCACCCUUCCGACGACUUACCAACAUUACACGACUGGCUUGUUAUAACACUUGAACCAUUAUGUGAUGCUGAACCAAUAGGUCUUGCUAAUGAUAUUCUUAGACUUGUUACUGAAGAUGAAUCAUUAAAUAUACUUCGUGCAAGUUGUAUUCGUCGUCUUAAAAAUAUUUUAAAUGAAUCAACUGUCAAUUUUGUUGAUCAAUUAUUUGAUAAUAUUCAAAAUGGACAAUAUAUAUCUGAAAAAGAAAAAGAAAAUAUUCCACCAAAACCAAUUGAAAAUACAACUAAAAUAUUUGAACAACAAUAA